AAGAACCUAAGAUGACGGUUUUAUGAACAUUGUAUCUUGAGAUGCCACUAGUCAUCAAGGAGGAAUUCAUCCUUAACCUAGUAGCAAGACUCUGUGUCCCACUUGAAACUUAUUUGUUAUCUUACCACCUUCCAUCAGGCCCACCAUCCAGUUUUUCUCAGUUUCACUUUUUGGUGUCAAUUUCAUUUGAUUUGGGAAUCGGUCCUCGAGCCUUUGGUUUUCAAUGAGCUUGAACCGGGUCCCUGUCGUACACGAGUAUUAUUCCAUUUAGUCAUUGAAUGAUCAACGACCCCAAAGUUGUGGCAGCUAGUGUUGAAGGAUAUUGACGAGAGCUGGCACACUUAGCCAUUAGCUAGUAUGGGCCUCGAAAAAAAGGAAUUCCUGAUUGGCGAGUGGGUUUUUGUCGCUCUUUGCUUCGCCAUCACCGUCGCCCGGCUUGCAGUACGCACAUGGCACCGAGUAUGGUCCUUUUGGCUGUCCGAAAUCUUUCUCGUGCUUUCUCUCUUAUUCUUCCUCACACUGGUCGUAGGAGAUACCUAUACAAUAUCUAUAGGUAAAGACGCCUUUGUCGAGGAGUAUUUUGAUGAAGGCUUUGCAAUUUGGAAAUUCUCCAGUUCAAUCAUCUUCGAUCUGGGAUUUUAUCUUCCGAGAUUUAGUCUGCUUGCUUUCUACUACGAGCUCUUCCCAACAGCCGAGAAAAAGUUACGGCUGCGCCUCCACAUGGUUACAGCGUAUACCGUUUGUGCAUUUCUUACAACCGGAUUCGUGGAUCUAUUCUGGUGUGGCGCUGACCUAUCGGUAAAUUGGGCGAACAGCGACACUAAAUGCACAUUGGCCAAUUGUAUGGAGCCCAUGUAUAUCAACUGGUCAAUUGGUAUUAUCUCAGAAUUACUUGUCUUUGCACUACCGUUCGGAAUACUCAAGUUAAGAGCUUUGCAGACGAAGGAUAGGAGAGCAUUGUUCUGCAUAUUCCUCCUAGGCAUAUUCACAGUUAUAAUCAGCGCCGUACGGUUUUACUUGACCGUGAGAUCUAUUUGGAGCUUAGAGACCUAUCUUGUUGGUUCGGGAGAAAUUGCCACACAGAUCAUCGUCAUUGCAAUACCGGCUCUCCGCCCUUUGCUAGGUGCUAUUACACGUAGUUGGAGUAGAUACUCCGAUUCAAGGAUACAGUCACGCAGCAAGCAACCGGUCAACGACAUGAAACAAACCCAGCAAGUGUCUGUCACAAAUAUCAGCGUUUAAGGCAGCGAACGAGUUACGAGAUAUUUUAUCACCUCCGGCAUUAUCAAAGACGCCAGGUUACCUGAGCUAGGACAGGUUCUUGUCAUGGAGAUCUAGAGAUGGGAGACGAGUUAUGAAUACGUUCCAAAUAUAAGCGACUUAUAGUUGAGGAAUUUCAGGCAAGCACGCCAACGACAAAUAUUGUUGACAACACUCGAAGCAUAGAAAUAUCUAUAAAAGUACAUAAAAUAAAUACAUACGUACCCCUGAUGAGUCAUAUGGG